GGAGCGAGCGGAGCAGGAGCUGCCUCAAAUGCCUGAAAUAAUUCCGCUUCCGUUUAGAGCCGGGACCAGCCUCCCGCUUCGCCUGGGCUUCAAACCUGUCUGGCUUCAUCCCUGAGCGGCAGCCGUGCUGGGACCACCAUGGCGACCUCGCCCCAGAAGUCCCCGUCGUCCCCCAAAUCCCCCACCCCUAAGUCGCCCCCGUCCCGAAAGAAAGAUGACUCCUUCCUGGGCAAACUUGGCGGCACGCUGGCAAGGAGGAAAAAAGCCAAAGAAGUAUCUGAAUUGCAGGAGGAAGGAAUAAAUGCCAUUAACUUACCUCUCAGUCCAAUUCCAUUUGAACUAGACCCUGAGGACACUAUGCUAGAGGAAAAUGAAGUCCGAACAAUGGUUGAUCCAAAUUCCAGAAAUGACCCAAAAUUACAAGAACUAAUGAAGGUAUUAAUUGACUGGAUUAAUGAUGUGUUGGUAGGAGAGAGGAUUAUUGUGAAAGACUUGGCUGAAGACCUGUAUGACGGACAAGUAUUGCAGAAAUUAUUUGAGAAGCUUGAAAGUGAGAAGCUGAAUGUUGCUGAAGUUACUCAGUCUGAAAUUGCUCAGAAACAGAAGUUACAGACAGUUCUUGAAAAGAUCAAUGAAACCCUUAAACUCCCGCCAAGAAGCAUCAAGUGGAAUGUUGACUCUGUUCAUGCCAAAAGUCUCGUAGCAAUACUUCAUCUUCUGGUUGCAUUAUCACAGUAUUUUCGAGCUCCAAUCAGACUCCCAGAUCAUGUGUCCAUUCAGGUGGUUGUUGUGCAGAAAAGAGAAGGAAUCCUCCAGUCUCGACAAAUUCAAGAAGAAAUAACUGGUAACACUGAGGCGUUAUCAGGAAGGCAUGAACGCGAUGCAUUUGACACUUUAUUUGACCAUGCUCCAGACAAGCUCAAUGUUGUGAAAAAGACUCUCAUCACAUUUGUAAACAAGCAUCUCAAUAAAUUGAAUUUGGAGGUCACUGAACUGGAGACCCAGUUUGCAGAUGGUGUGUAUUUAGUCCUGCUAAUGGGUCUCCUUGAAGGCUAUUUUGUUCCUCUGCACAGCUUUUUCUUGACUCCUGAUAGUUUUGAACAAAAGGUCCUUAAUGUAUCCUUUGCAUUUGAGCUAAUGCAGGAUGGUGGGUUGGAAAAACCAAAGCCAAGACCAGAAGAUAUUGUAAAUUGUGACUUGAAGUCUACACUGAGAGUACUGUACAAUUUGUUUACCAAAUACAGGAAUGUGGAGUGAAGAAUUGAUUUGGGACAACAAAGCAGAGUUAACAAAGAAAGCAUCAUCACUAGCAUGUUUUUCAUCAAUAUUCCUGUGCGUCUUUAUCCUAAAAGGAGCUAAACUAUUUAUCUGAAAAAUUUUUAAAUGAUUAUUCUUGCGCUAGUAUUUUCAUAGUAGAUUUAAAACUAAGGCUGUGUAAAACUCAUCUAAAUUAUGUAGAAAAAGGUUGAGAGGGAUCUAUCUGGGUAUCUUGUGGGAGAAUCUGUGUCUCAGUAAUCUUGUCUUCACACUGUUCUGUAGUAAGUGAAAAAACAACCAAAAACACUAGCUUUAAUUCACAUCAGUCUUUGAAGCCAAUUAUAGGAAGAUUCUCUUUUUAGUAUCUGUUGUAAUAUUUUUUACAUAUUUUUUUUUUGUCAUCUGGGAAGGAGAGGAGUAUUUUUUUAUCCAUGGUAAGAUAGUUGCAUUCUAUUUGUGAGAAACAUUCACAAGGAGAGAGUUAGAUACUAUUGUUCACAGCUAAUAAGAAAGUUAACCUGAUUAAUUUGUGUUUCCAGUGCUGUUAGGCUUGAAUUUUAUUGGUACAAACUGAAGUGGCUACUCAUUCCUUCAGACUUACUAUAAUGUGAUGCUCUGCUUUAAAUAUAUAUAAUUGAGCAUUCAGCAGAAGCACACUUGCAGAUUGUUCACUUGAUUUUGUUCAAAGAAGAGAUCUUUUCUGCAAAGUACGCAUUUCAGGAAAGAAAACCUUUAUAAAGCAGUUUCUUUAUAAUGUUUGUAUCAUUGGCAUAGCAUUAGAAAGUAAGAGAAUGGCCUCUUUUCCUUAUUAGUAAUUGACACACAGGAUAACCAGGUUGUAAGUUUAGAUUUAUUACUAAAUGAGAUUUAGAAUCCGUCCCUUUGGUUGAUCUUAUGAUGAAUGUAUGUUGUUGCAUAAUAUCCAACACAAAAAAAAAAAAAAAAAAAAAAAAAAGAUUUAUUUUCCAGAAACAUUCCUGUAGCCUUUCAGGUACAAAAACACUGCUUUUAGGUCAAAACUACUCCCAUCUACAAAGACUCUGUUAAAGUGUAAACUUCUUUGAUCAUUUUAUGUAGCUAAAGGAAUACUUUUGUUCUUGACUAAGUAUAAACUGUGAUCAUUUUGGUUUUAACAAAGACACACAAGAAAUGGGAACUGAUUUUUUCAUCAGACUAAUACCAAGCACAUCAUAUUUCCAUAAAGAAGUUGAUAGAGAAUGCAUGGCACAAGUGUCAAUCAUCAGAAACUACACUGGCAUAAUUUGAGGGGUAAGUUAAUCGUUUGCUAGAGGUCUUGAUGCUAGUAUUAGAUACCUUUCUAAAGGAAGUGCUCUACUUCAACCACAGAUUCUUGGGUUCCUGAGUUACGCAGUAAGGGAAAAAGCCUUAGGCAGAAAUUACUGGAUUAUUUAGAAAUAUUUGGGCUAUUUAGUGUGGGAAGGAGACUUUUGAAUAGUCAUCUGAUUAUGGUUGAACUGGUAUAGAUGAAAGAAAAAGCAGGCUGUCAGCUCUUGACCUUGUUCAUAUAUUUUCCAAAAUUUCAAGGUUCCUUUUUAGUUGCAUAUUUUUACUGUAUAAUUUUCUGGUACAAUGUUCAUAUAAAGUGAAGAGAAGUAAUUACAUUCUGUCUUUGAUGAAAACUAACUGAUGUUAAAUAAUAAGUUGAUACUGACUUCUGCCGGGAGAGAGGCUAUAGAAAUUAUUCUCCUGAGAAGUAAAUACCAGCUUUUGCAAAAAAAAGAUCAAUAUUUAAUUCAAAGGAGAAUAAACCUGGAUGUUCACUGAACCCAGAAAUCAAUAUCUAUAUUGUUAUACACAGUCUAAAUAUCUUCAUUAAAAUGUUUGUAUCCCUCUAUAUUUUUAACUGAAUUUCUAAAGUUUGGGGGUGCAGAAAAGAGCAAUUAUUGGCCUUUACAGAGGUAAAUGACUGGGCAUUUUGACCUCAGCGAAAAUGUGCAUAUGUUUUCAUUAGUCUAUUAUAUUACUGGUCUUUUGAAGAAGCUUAAACAAUAGGAAUUUGCCAAGCAGGUUGUGAGACAGAACGUCUUAUGUAUAUCCCAGCAUCAGUAUCAGAUUAUUUUAAUGUUUGGCGUGUAAGUUGUUCAUUUUCAAACCUAGACGCAGUAAUUGUAAUAGUUCAUUAACAUCUGUGUGACGGGUUUUCUGCAGAUCAUACUCAGCUGAAAUUCUUUUUCAUAUAUCAUCAGCAGUGCCAAAACAUUUUGAUUGUCCUUGUUUUCAGGAUGCACUUUCUUUAAGAGAGUUAUUCAUGUAAAGGAAAAAGGUUAGAAACAGUAAGACAAGUAAGAGUUUUUACUUGGACCUGACAGUACAUAUUCCUAUACUAUAUGGGUAUGACAUUACUGGAGAUCCUGAAGUCUGCCAAACUCUGUUUUCCAUCUUUAAAAACUAUAAAGCUGAGGCAGAAUGGUGAAAUUCUUGUGCUAAAGUGCAAUUUUGCAGAACCAUAUAACAUUUCAACAAAAUGCAAACCUUAACACAAAUAUCUCUGCUAUGGUAGGAAUUCACAUAAAUUAAAAUCUUCUAUAAAAACAAGAGCAUCAUAUCUAAAUAUAAACCUAUGUGAUACUUUUAACACAUGCACACAAACAGUAGUUUAUGCUGCCAUGUAGGAGUGUGUCACUACUUAUAUUUUUGAUAGUAUAGAUUUAAGUAGCUAUCAGAUAAAUAUGAAAAAUAAUAUACAGAUUAUAUCUAAUAUUUAUUGCUUUGGUAUAGAAUAUUAUAGAAAUAUAGAAUAAUACUAUAGACAGUUUGCUCUUCAACACUUAAUGUAGGCCAGCAGCUUUCUUCAGGGAAGUGAAAUGUUAUCCUAGCUGGGCCAGUUUCUGCAGAGACGUAGGAUGCUUUUAUUCUUGAUACACAACAGUAUAUGUGAAUGUACGGCUGAAUGCAGAAUUUGCCUCACUGUUUCUGUUAGGAUAGAAGUUGCUUAAGUUUCAGGUCAACCUUGAUCUUAUAAUUACUAUAAGUGAUAUCAAAAUCAAUGGAUUUAGCCCACGUAAGAUCUGAACAGUCACCUGGAGAGGCCUAUUUCUCCUCUGGCCACAGAGGCAGCCUCUGAUCUUGAGGCUGCUCUCUUUCAUGCUUUGGCUUGGUUCUUAAAGCCAGAUGGCUUAAGUCCAGGCCACUGCCUUAAGAUCUCAUGACAAUCUCUGCGUUUGACCUACCAAACUAGUGUGCUUCUAUGUGGUAUUCUGUUGCAUGGAGGCCCAAGGCUGUUGAGCCCACAGAAGACUGGCAGAGUGUUAGCCUGGCACAAAGGUCAAAAAGACAGUAGACAUUUCUGCCGUUGGGGCAUUAUGAAACUGCCAACGAACAAGGUUCUCUCUGCUUCUGUGACUUCUAAUCCAUCCAUUUGCUGUAGCAGCUGUGUGUGACAAGCUCUGUUUGGAGACAGGCAUCCUCUGCCUGUUGGUGGAUCUCAGGAGAUUGUCAACCACAGGUAAUUGUUUUUUUCAAAGAGGAGCUGGGGAUUUUUGUAGUAUCUCAAAAAGAGAUUGUCAAAAUAGUUCUUUUAAAUCCUACUAUCUUAAGGUCAGCUCCUUUCAGAUUUUUUUUCCCAAUCACUAUAAAGAAUAGGCCCCAGGUAAAGGUGCCAAAGGAAUCCUUGCACAAUUUUGCCUGAGACACACGUAUCAAGCCCAUAAUUGGUUUGCUCUAUAGUUCAGAGGGAGUUACGGACUCAAGUCUGUUAUUGAAAACGGUGAGUGCAGAAUACCUAGUUUUAGUCAUUUCAUAGUCUGUAGAUAUCUACCUGUUAUAGGGGAAACAGCAGCCCUUGCAGCCACAAAGUUCGGACACAAGUGGACCAGCAAAUGCUGGAUAAGGUCCUAAUCUACUUCUGUUGACUCUGGACCAAAUUGCUUGUUGGCAUAUGUCCAUGUAAAUCAAUGGCAUGACAUCAACAGAACAUUUGGUCUGUUCUGUUUUACAGAGGGUUACAGUAUUCAGGCAAACUACAUUGACUGAAAUAAAUGUUACUUGGUUGACCUUUGUUUGUACUUGUUUUCAUAAAGUAUUUUUUUAAGUUCGUAUUUCAGACUGAUUUAGCAAACACCUUACGCCAAGAUACAAUGUUGCAAAUCAGAAUGGCUUCUAAAACUGAUAGGUUGUAUUUCUUAACAGAGAAAGAUACAUACUAUAUUUAAUAUACUAUAUAUUAGCUUUAAGAGUAACUUUGUUACUCUUGUUCUAUCAAAAGAGUCUUCAUGCAUUGUCUCUGUGUGUGACAAGCACUCAAAAAAAGAACAGUGCCUUGGAGAACUCUUGCAAGAUUUUCUUCACUGUUGCCUAACAGACUUUUGUCAUUUUACUAUGAGAAUUAGUGUGGGUUUUCUCUUUACAGUUAAUGUGCUGUUAAAGGCAGAAGAAAUCCUUUGUAGAAACUUUUUAAAAAAUAUUAUUUUAAACUCAUUUUAAGUGUCACAUGAAAAAUAGUCUGUUACAAGCAGAUAGUGGCACCAAAAUUAUACAUACCUCGGCAGCCAGAUUUUCCAAAGAAAUUUUGAGUCAUUAAACAUUUACUAGGGCUAAUCUUUUGUAUUUUGAUGAUAUAUUCUGUGUGCUUGUUUUUAUUUAAAAUAAUAAGAGAGUUCUUCUGUUUAGUAUUACACACUGCGAAACUGUUAGUAUCAUUUAAAUACUAGAUUCUAAAUCUCAAGAUUAAACUCAUUAAAAACGAAUACCCAAUAAAGAUUUGAAAAAUUUGCUUGAAGUGUGUAUCUGAAAAUACUAGUUAGUCAAAACUAAGCUGCCUUGCCUUCAGCUGCAGAGUUGUUAGCUUUCACAAAAUACGUUUUAUGUACUGUGUAAAUAAGAGACACCCCGUCACUGAUUUUUUCCUGUGCUUUUUCCUGAAACCUUUGUUAUGAUCCACAAUAAAAUUUGCACCUGAAAAUCAA